GACGGGCAUCGGGCCCCCAGGAGGGGCGACGGGCAUCGGCCCCCAGGAGGGGCGACGGGCAUCGGGCCCCCAGGCGGGGCGACGGGCAUCGUGCCCCCAGGCGGGGCGACGGGCAUCGUGCCCCCAGGCGGGGCGACAGGCAUCGUGCCCCCAGGGCGGGGCGGCGGGCGCCGGACCUCCAGAUGGAGCGACAGGUCUCGGGCCCUCAGGCGGAGCGGCGGGCGCCGGACCCCCAGGCGGAGCGACAGGUCUCGGGCCCUCAGGCGGAGCGGCAGGCGCCGGACCCCCAGGCGGAGCGACAGGUCUCGGGCCCUCAGACGGAGCGGCGGGCGCCGGACCCCCAGGAGGAGCGACAGGUCUCGGGACCCCUCAGGCGGAGCGGCGGGCGACGGACCCCCAGGUGGAGCGACAGGCGGAGCGGCGGGCGCCGGACCCCCAGGAGGAGCGACAGAUGGAGCGACAGGUCUCGGGCCCUCAGGCGGAGCGGCGGGCGCCGGACCCCCAGGUGGAGCGACAGGUCUCGGGCCCUCAGGCGGAGCGGCGGCGCCGGACCCCCAGGCGGAGCGACAGGUCUCGGGCCCUCAGGCGGAGCGGCGGGCGCUGGACCCCCAGGAGGAGCGACAGGUUCGGGCCCUCAGGCGGAGCGGCGGGCGCCGGGCCCCCAGAUGGAGCGACAGGCGGAGCGGCGGG